AGAACCGUUUCCACGUCACUUCCCCCUACGGCGGCGGAUUCGAGUUUUCUUUUUGUUUUGAGUUGAAGACACCACGCUUCCUUCGAAUCUGGUAUAAAAGAACAGCCACUCUCGGACGGGGAAUCACCAUUUCCAAAGAUCUCGCCAGAAGACACCCAUCUCCGUCGACAUGAAGACCUUCACGGCCGUUGUCUGCGCCCUCCUAGUCUGCAGCGUUUACGCUGAGGAGGAGAAGGUCGAAGCGCGCGGUGGCCUUGUGGGCGCUGGUCUCGGUGGCUACGGCGCCGGUGUAGGACCUGGCGGCGUUGGUCUCGGAGGCGUCGGUCUGGGACAUGGUGGCCUCGGAGGAUACGGAGGAGGCUUCCAGUCCGGAUACGGCUCUCAGGCCGGCGGCCACCAGGGUGGAUUCCAGAGAGGCGCUGCCGGACACAACCAGGGUUCCGCGGGUUUCGCCGGCGGUGCUUCCAACAGGAACGUGAACGCCUACAAUGACAACAAGGGCUACAGCCACAGCUCGGGCUUUUCGGCCUCGGACAGCAAGAAUUUCGGUACCGGACACAAGCAGGGAUCGUCCGGGUUCCAGGGUGGCGCUGCCGGACAGCAGGGAGGCUACGGACAGUCGUCUUUCGGACACCAGGCCGGCGGCGGCUACGGCGGCGGAUACCUCGGCUGAAGAGUCGGUGCUUUACCAACAGACUCGAGGAUCUACUUCGCUACAAGGUCACCUCAGGAGAGAAUAAACGGCACCCAUUUUAUUUAUAAGUACAAA